CAGGUGCCUCGCCGCGCAGACUCGCCGGGCGCGGGGACCGGCUCGGGCGCGGGGCCGGGUGGGGCGGGGCGGUGGCGCGCGUUCCCCGCCGGCCACAAGGGCCGCCCUGCGCCCGGCGAGGGGCGUGUGCGCGGGCCCCAUGUUCACGGAGCUGAGGACCAAGCUGAGCCCCCCGCGAGGCCGCGCCGGGGCUGUACGCGCCGGCUUUGGGGAGCGCCGAGAUGUGGACGCCACUGCCCACUUCAGCUUCUGCCGCACCCUCCUGGAACACACAGUGUCGGCGGAGAGCAUCCCCUGCCACCUGCCCAGGACCCCAGGCACCAGCCUCACCUGGCAUGACUCCCGCAGCCAGAGGGCAGCUGGCGGCCGGCCGGUCAAGCUCCUGCAGCAGCCUGGCACCGAGGCUGCCCAGGGCCGGCCAUCCUCCGACCGCUGUGGCCUGUACCACACGAGUCCCUCGCUGGGGGGCCUGACGAGGCCUGUGGUCCUGUGGAGCCAGCAGGACGUCUGCAAGUGGCUCAAGAAGCACUGUCCCCACAACUACCUCGUCUACGUGGAGGCCUUCUCCCAGCACGCCAUCACCGGCCGGGCACUGCUACGGCUGAACUCGGAGAAGCUGCAGCGCAUGGGGCUGGCACAGGAGGCCCAGCAGCAGGAGGUGCUGCAGCAGGUGCUGCGCCUGCAGGUGCGCGAGGAGGGGCGGAGCCUGCAGCUGCUCAGCCAAGCUUCCUUCGGACACAUGUCCUAGUGCUGCCCGAGGCCGGAGCCCCAGACCCCAGCACUGUGACCAGAGCCCGUGGCAAAGACGAGGCACAGCUCCUUUCAGACCUUCAAGGGGUGCCCGGGGCUGAGCCUGGCCCAGUGAACAGGUGGGACCAGGCUUGCCUGCUCCAGCCGCCUCUGGUGGUGCACUCCCAGUUGUGCCAGGGGUUGGGCAGUGGAGGCUCUGGGAGUGUGGGCCUGCCUCCAGGACCCGGCCUCCGGCCCACCCCGGGGUGCUGCUGGCAGUGUUCCGGGCAGCCACCUGGAGCCAGAGCAGGGUUUGGAUGCUCCCCACCCCCGACUCCCAGGGGUGUGUAUUUAUAUUCCCUUCACCCCUGUCUUCGGGCAUCCUGUCCUCUCCCAGGGCCAGAGGUCUGUCUGUCUGCCCACCCGUCCAGUUCCAUGCCCUCCCCCCGCCCACCGGAGACUGCCCACAGAGGUGGGGUAAACUGCCCAGCUCCCUUUGCUGGGUGCCCACUCCCUGCCUGGGCCCUGCACCCGCCCAGCCAGGCACCCUGCCCGGCACCGUCUGUCCUUAGGCCUGGGACGCUCACCAUGCCGGCAGCUGUUCACAGAACCGAGGAGAGGCAGCCCUGAGCACACAAGACCGAACGCUGUGCAGUAGGGACCCAGCACUCAGUGCCAGGCCGGCCGAGUCCUGGCCCUAGGUUUGGGGACCUUCCCUCCUCUCGGGCUCAUGGAGGCCACCCUGGGGGCACAUCAGUGGGCGGGCACUCCCACUGCCCCUUGCCCAGGAAAACCCAGGUCUCACAGGCAGGCCACGCCUGCCCCCAGAGCCCUGGCUGCUGACCACCUCUCCAGGGGCCCGAGGGCCUGAGGCAGCGGCCAGUGCAAGCCCAGCAGGAGGACGGGGAGGGCUGUCCUGCAUCUCCUCCCUCAUGCUCCCCCUCCUGCCACUCCCUGGGGGGCCCAGAAAACCUCAGGGACCGAUGAGGCUGAGCCCCAUCCCCUCUUUGUGCCCUGAGCCGGCCCCAGCACAGGAGGUAGGCUGUUUGGGGUCCCGAGUGGAAUUUGGAUACGUGGCCUGGUGCCCCCCAUCCCCAGUGAGCCCUGCGGGAAGCCCACUUGUCCUGUCUGGCUGCCCCGAGUUCCCCCCCCUUGUGCCAUCAUGAUGUCACCCUUUCCAGGGGCCCCUUCCUUCUCUGCCCCCUCCUCCCUCCUUUGUCUUGCCCCUGCUCCCACACAGAGCUCCUGUUUUGUCUCCUUGUUUUGUGUUCACUUUUUAUAUUCUGAUAAG